AUGUCCUACGGCGGCUACAACAACCAGGAAUACGGUGGUGGCGGCUCCAGCGGCCAAAACUACUACGACCAGAACGCCGACUUCCGCGAUACACGCUACACGGGACCACCCCAAUACAACGACGACGACGACUUCGGCAGCGCCGCCCACCACGCCUCGGAGCACCACGGUUCGGAGGACAAGAGCCUCUUCUCCAGUGCUCUGUCCUUCCUCCAGGACCGUAAGAGCGAGUACUCCGACCCCGCGCGGUACGAGGUGGACGAGACGCACGCCGUGAAUGCCCACCAGGCCAUGUACGGCGGCGGCUCGGACGAGGGCCGCUCGCACGAUUCCGGAACCGUCGGUGCGGGUGCCGCCAUGCAGGCGCUGAAGAUGUUUACUUCUGGUGGCUCCAGUGAUGGCGGUAUGGAUAAGAAUAAGCUUAUUGGGCUUGCCAUGGCGCAGGCUGGUAAGCUGUGGGAUGAGAAGCAGGCUAGCGGAGCUAAUGUGUCCGGCGAUAAGCAGUCUGCUAUCAACUCGGCCGCCGAGAUGGCUCUGAAGAUGUACAUGAAGGGUGGUGGUAGCAGUGGCACUGGGGGUCCUAGUGGACUGAUGGGUCUGGCUAGCAAGUUCCUCUCUUAA